AUAAUUGUGAAGUGAAAGUUUUUAAUAUUAAAUACAGCAACUGUCGUAUAAAUUGAAAAGGAAAAGGAACAACAUAUAUUGGGUUCUAUGUAUAUAGUGCCAGUAAAGAAGAAGAUAUGGUGAAAUAAUAUUUGCAGUUUAUCAAGCAAAGGCAGCUCACACUUUGAUAAAAUGGCCACGAUAAAAAUAACGCUGGCAACGGAUGAUAAGCCAAAAGUGCCAAAAAUUCAGCCGCCUGUAUCAGGAGAACCACCCAAGAUUGAAGUUGUUCGUGAAAAACGUCCUUCGCUUGCACCAGAACCAGCUAGCCGACGGGGCUCAUUAGUGCCACCUGAAAUGGGACGUCGACCGUCGCUUAUAAUAAAUGAUGAGUUAUUGAGACCAGGCGAAGUUGGCGAUGGACAGCGUCGAAGAACGUCAAUUGAUGUACGUCGGCCCAGUGUUCAGGAUCUUGAAGAUCUGAUUAAUAAACCAUCCACACCAUUACGUGAAGUCGGUGACGGUGGUCCACCACAGAUUAUUGAUGUUCAGGAGUCAUAUUCAGUCGUUGAAGACUCAACGGCUUAUAUGACAGUCGGUGUAGAAGGUAAUCCAGCGCCAACAUUUAGAUUCUACAAAGGUGUCAGCGAAAUCAUUGAAGGUGGCCGUUUUAAGUUUCUUACUGAUGGUCAAACAAAUUCUAUUACACUUUGUAUGCGAAAAUGUAAGCCUAAUGAUGAAGGCAAAUAUAAAGUAGUUGUUGCAAAUAUAAACGGUGAAGAUUCUGCCGAAAUGCAAUUGUAUGUAUCUGAUUCUAGUGGCAUGGAUUUCCGGGCCAUGCUCAAAAAACGUCGUUAUCAAAAAUGGGACAAAGAAGAAGAAGAUCCCAAUUGGGGUGAAUUAAAACAAACUGAAAAACCAUUGCCGACACUCAAAAAAGUAGAGAGGAAGCAAGAAUCCUUCUUAAGUCCGCUCAUCGAUCAAUUUGCCAAGGAAGGUAAAGACAAGAAAGUUGUAUUUGAAGCGCGUUUUAGUAAGCCAAAUUGUAAACCCAAGUGGAUGUUGCGAAAAGAUGAACUGUUCACUGGCAGCAAAUACAAAUUCAAGAAUGAGAACGACACUUACCAGUUGAUUGUCAUGAAUCCCAAAGUGGAAGAUGGCGGCAAAUAUACCAUAGAAAUCGGUGGCGUAUCCAGCACUGCAUUUUUGAACGUCGAAGAAGCUGAUCCCAGCUAUACAUUUACUAAACCGCUUAAGAAAAAAAUUGAAGGAUUUACGCAACAUGAGACCACUUUGGAGUGUGCCGUUAGCAGUAGCAUGGCCAACGUGACCUGGUUCAAAGACAAUAAGAAAAUCGAGUCCGAUGACCCACGUUAUCUAAUAUCAGAUAUAAAUGGAAACCUCAAGCUCAUAAUCAAAGAUUCUGUACUCGAAGAUACUGGUCAAUACCGUUGUCAAUUAGAUAAACAACCAGAGAAGACUGAGACUGCGGUGAAAAUUGUCGAAUACCCAUAUAAAUUUGUGAAAGUAUUAAAAUCACUACAAUGCAUUGAAAAAGACAAUAUAACACUUGCGUGUGAAAUUGAUGACGCUACCGGCGAAGUGCAAUGGUGGCGCGGUGAUGAAGAAAUCAAGGGUGAUAAACGCAUGCAAAUUGUUAAAGAUGGUCGAAAACGCAAACUGAUUAUCAAAGAUUGUAAGGUCAGUGAUGCUGGGCAAUUCAAAUGUACAACAAAUGCUGACAAAACUGAAGCUGAAAUUGUAAUUAAUUAUCAGAAUCGUUUUAAUAAAAAGCUCAAGGACACAGAUGCUGUGGAGCGUGAAAAGCUGGUACUCGAUGUCGAAUUGCAAGAUCAAACUGCACCUUGCGAGUGGAAAAUCAAUGGUAAUCCUGUAGAGCCAAAUGAUCGUAUUGAAAUUAAAAAUCUUGGUGGUGGCAAGCACCAGCUGAUUUUCAAUAAUCUUGCCCUGGGCGAUGAGGGUGAAAUAACAUGUGAAUCUGGUAAACUGUCUUCAACUUGCAAACUAACAGUGCGCAAAGGUGAAAGUCGACCAAAUAUUGACUGUCCGGACGAAUUCGCUGGUCCAAUAAAUGCGCCUGUAGUGCUCGAGGUACCAUACAAAGUUAACGGUACAAGGCAAACUGCCGUGGAGGCUAAAUUAGUGAAGGAUGGUAAACCAUUGCCUGUUAAAGAAGUUGAAGUGGGUGUAACUGAAGAUAAAAUAACAUUUAAAAUUAAGAAGCCAGCGCGUGACCUUUCAGGUCCAUAUGAAAUAAAACUAUAUAAUGGUCAAGGUGAAGAUAUUAAGAAUGUAACAGUUAUAUUCCAAGAUGUUCCGCAGUCACCACGAAAUGUCGAUGUAGUUGAAGUUUUCCAGACAUCUUGCAAAGUGACCUUCGAUAAACCCAACGACGAUGGGGGUUCACCAAUUAUUAAAUAUGUAGUCGAACGCCAAGAUCUAAGCAAAAAGCAAAGCUGGGAAGUUGUCGCUGAGGUUCAGCCACAAGAAAAACUCUUUAAGAAGAUAGAGGACCUUACGCCAAAAAGACAAUACAGAUUCCGUAUACGUGCUGUAAAUAAGAUUGGUCCAUCGGACCCUGCUCUUUUCAAGAACAUUGUAUUAGCAAAAGAUCCAUGGGAUGAACCCGGCAAACCGAAAAAUGUCGAUGUUACAGAUUGGGAUAAAGAUCAUGCUGAUUUAAAAUGGGAUGCACCCGACAGUGAUGGCGGUGAUCCAAUAACUGCCUAUAUUAUUGAAUACAAAGAAAAAUUCUCUAAUGAUUGGGUAGCAGGCAAGAAAGUUUCUGGCGACGUUUGUGAGGGUACGGUAGAUGGAUUAAAAGAGAGACAACAGUAUGAAUUCCGAAUCCGUGCUGUUAACAAGGCUGGUCCCGGUGAACCCAGCGACAAAACGAAAGCUAUAAUUGCUAAAUGCCGAUUUGUAAAGCCAUUCAUAGUUGGUGAUUGUCUAAAAAAUGUUGUAGUAAAAAGAGGUCAAACUCUUCGUUUCGAUAUCAAAUAUGAUGGUGAACCAGAACCAGAGGCUAAAUGGUACAAAGGUACAGAAGACUUGAGUUUCGAUAAUCAACGUAUUACAGUUGACCAAAUGGAACGAAAUUCAUGCGUUACCAUUAAAAAGGCAGUUCGAAAAGAUACUAGUAUUUACAAGAUUGUGUUAUCCAAUAGUUCUGGUACUAUUGAAAGUGAAGCACAGGUAACUGUAUUGGACAAACCAUUAGCUCCCGGUGGUCCUAUGGAUCCUGAAGAAGUAAGAGCUGAUCAUAUCAAAAUGAAAUGGAAGCGUCCACAGGAUGAUGGUGGUUGCGAAAUAAGUGGUUAUGCAUUGGAAAGAAUGGACGAAGAAACAGGACGUUGGAUACCUGCGGGUGAAGUUGGUCCAGACGAGACCUCUUUCAAUUUUAAAGGCCUUACUCCAAAUAAAAAAUAUAAAUUCCGCGUCAAGGCUCUUAAUAAAGAGGGUGAAUCUGAACCAUUGGAAACCACCGAGCCUAUUAUUGCCAGGAAUCCCUACGAUCCACCAAGCCCACCUAGCAAACCAGAAAUUUCAGAUUACGAUAAUAAGAGCGUUACACUUAAAUGGAAGCGUCCAUCGUCCGAUGGGGGUAGGCCCAUAUUGAACUACAUUGUUGAGGUGAAAGACAAAUUUUCACCAACAUGGAGUGAAAUAGCCAAAACUGAAGGUUCCACCCCAGAACUAUAUGUCGAUGGGCUUAAGGAGAAAAUGAUUUACCAAUUUAGGGUACGCGCUCUUAAUAAGGCGGGCGCCUCAGAACCUUCUGAACCAACCGACAAUCAUUUAUGCAAACAUAGAAACCUAAAACCACAAAUCGACCGUUCAACAUUUAAGAGGGUUAUAAUUAAGACUGGGCGCACCCACAAAUGGUCAGUUGAUGUCAUUGGUGAACCGGUUCCAACUGUGCAUUGGAGCUGGCGAGAUGAUAUACCACUCUCCACUGGCGAUCGAAUUAAAAUUGAGAACGUCGAUUAUCAUACCGACUUCGUUAUUACGAAUGUAGUGCGUAAAGAUAGCGGAAUGUAUACAUUAAAAGUUGAGAAUCGAAACGGUGUAGACCUAGAGACCGUAGAACUGAUUGUGCAUGGGAAGCCAACAUCGCCGAAAGGACCGCUAACCGUGAGCGAUGUAACAGCGAAUGGAUGUAAGUUACAAUGGAAAAAGCCUGAGGAUGAUGGUGGUGUACCAAUUAAAGAGUAUGUCAUCGAAAAAAUGGACACAGCUACCGGCAAGUGGGUACGCGUAGGCCGUUCACCUGGUGAAAAGGAGCCGCCCAGUUUUGAUGUAACAGGCUUAAAUCCGGGAUCCGAAUAUAAGUUCCGUGUUUGUGCGGUUAACGAUGAAGGUGAAUCUGAACCGUUAAUCACAUUGGUUGAUGUAGUUGCCAAAGAUCCAUAUGAUGAACCGAAUAAACCAGGAACUCCAGAAAUCACCGACUUCGAUAACCAAAGCAUUUCCAUAAAGUGGACUCCGCCCAGCAAUGACGGUGGUGCACCAAUUGAAAAAUAUAUAAUCGAGAAAAAGGAUAAAUCGAAGCCUGAUUGGGAAAAGGCUAUUGAAGUCCCUGGAAACCAAUUGGACGCUUGCAUAGAUAGACUACAAGAGUAUGGAGAAUAUCAAUUUAGGGUUAUUGCCAUAAACAAGGCCGGCCUAUCGCCACAUUCAGAUCCCAGCAAAGUUCAGGUCGCCAAAUACAAAAAACUUAAACCGAGAAUCGAUCGUACAAAUCUGAAGCCACUCUUAAUACGUGCUGGUAAGCCAAUUAAAUAUGAUAUCAAUGUACGCGGAGAACCCCCACCAAUCAUUAAUUGGUAUCAAAAUGACAAAGAGUUAAAAACUGAGACGUUGCCUUCGAAUUAUGAGAUUAAAAACAUGCCGCAUAAUACUAAAAUCUCAAUUAUUGAAACGGAACGCAAGCACACCGGUACCUACAAAAUACAUGCUGUCAACGAGCACGGUGAGGAUGAAGCCGAUGUUGAAGUCAAUAUUCUAGGACCGCCAGCUAAGCCAAAAGGGCCGCUUGAAAUUAAAGAUAUAACGAAAGAUAGUUGUAAGCUGAAAUGGAAGAAACCAGAAGAUGAUGGAGGCAAGCCAGUUACAGCCUAUCAAGUUGAGAAGUUUGACAAGAAACAAGGGCGCUGGGUACCUGUUGGGCGCACCUCCGGCAAUGAUACGGAAAUCGACGUCAAAGGCCUUCAAGAGGGCCAUGAAUAUCAAUUUCGGGUCAAAGCUAUUAAUGAAGAAGGUGAAUCAGAACCACUUGAAAGUGAGGGUAGUAUUGUUGCCAAAGAUCCUUACACCACUGCUGGUAAGCCGAGUGUGCCAAAGAUUGAUGAUUAUAAUGAACAUAUGGUUAAAUUAAAAUGGGAACCUCCUAAUGACAAUGGAGGUGCGCCAAUCACAGGUUAUGUAAUUGAAAAGAAAGACAAAUAUUCGGCUAUUUGGGAUGAGGUGUUAGUAACAAACACACCUAAUGCAGAGGCAACCGUUGAUGGUCUAAUUGAAGGCAAUGUCUAUCAAUUCCGUGUUCGUGCUGUAAAUAAAGCCGGCCCUGGUGAACCUAGUGCUGCGACGGAACCUCACGUAGCUAAGCCAAGAAAUUUGAUACCGCAUAUCAACCGCGACAAAAUGAAGCCUAUAAAAGUGCGAGCAAGUCAAACAGCUAAGUUUGAUGUUGAUGUAAAAGGUGAACCAGCACCAACACUUACAUGGAUAUUCAAGGAGAAAGAGCUAUCCAACGACAACCAAGUGCGUUUGGAAAAUGAGGAAUAUAAUACGAAACUGACGAUACUGUACACAACACGUGGCCAAACCGGCACUUAUAAAUUAAAAGCUGAAAAUAUAAAUGGCGUCGAUGAGGCAGAAGUUGAAGUUGUUGUACUGGACAAACCGUCAAAACCUGAAGGACCUCUAGUAGCAUUUGAUAUACUUAAGGAAGGUUGCAAACUGAAAUGGAGAAAACCAAAAGAUGACGGUGGCGUACCACUGACUAGUUAUGUAAUUGAAAAAAUGGACACAUCAGUUGGUCGAUGGCUGCCAGCAGGCUCUGUUGAUCCUGAAAAGACAGAGCAUGAAAUUAAAGGUCUUGAGCCUAAUCAUCGGUAUCAGUUCCGUGUUAAGGCGGUCAACGAGGAAGGCGAAUCAGAGCCUUUAGAAACUGAGAAUGUAAUGGUGGCAAAGAAUCCGUUUGAUGUGUCCGCACCACCUGGUUUACCAGAGUUAGAAGACUGGGAUGAAAAUCAUGUUAAACUAAAAUGGGAGCCGCCAAUUCGCGAUGGAGGUGUUCCAAUAACUGGCUAUGUAAUUGAAAUGAUGGACAAAGAUUCUGGGGAGUUUAUCAAAGCCGCGGAAGUUGAUGGCCCGAUAUGUAAGGCCACAGUUAAGAAACUAGAAGAAGGACAGCAAUAUAAAUUCCGAGUACGCGCCAUAAAUAAAGCCGGCACUUCUGAGCCAUCUGAGCAAACUAACUGGCAUACAGCCAAGCCACGCUUCCUAAAGCCGCAUAUUGAUCGUACAAAUUUAAAACCAGUUAUGGUGAAAGUUGGUCUAUCCAUAAGUUUAGAUAUUGCUGUUAAAGGUGAACCUGUGCCUAAAAUUGAAUGGUUCUUUGGAGAACAACCAUUGAUAUCCGAAGCAGAAGGUAUUAAGCUUGAUAGUGUUGACUAUAAUACCAAAUUCUUUGUAAUGCGUGCUAAACGGCCACAAAGUGGAAAGUAUGUUAUAAAAGCCAAAAAUAAAGUUGGCGAAGAUGUUGCUGAAUUAGAUAUUACUGUUUUGGGUAAACCGGGUAAACCAAAAGGUCCACUAGAAGUUAACGAUAUUAAUAAGCAUGGUUGCAAAUUGAAAUGGAAAAAGCCCUUAGAUGAUGGUGGCGCUCCAAUCGAAUAUUAUGAAAUUGAAAAACUAGAUCCACAUACGGGGCAAUGGUUGCCAUGUGGUAAAAGCACUGAGCCUGAAGCCAAAAUAAUAGGUCUGCAAGAAGGCAAACCAUAUAAAUUCCGAGUAAGGGCUAUUAAUAAGGAGGGUGAAUCGGAACCUUUGGAAACUGAGAAACCAAUUAUAGCGAAGAAUCCAUUCGAUGAACCAGAUAAACCUGGUCGACCAGAACCAACCAACUGGGAUAAGGAUUUUAUCGAUUUAGUCUGGGACCCACCACAAACUGAUGGAGGUGCACCAAUUCAAAAGUAUAUUAUUCAAAUGCAUGACAAAUCUGGGCGCGGAUGGGUUGACGCUGCUACUGUACCGGGAGACCAUACAAAAGGUACUGUUACUAACGUAGAAGAAGGCCAUGAGUAUGAAUUUCGUAUUGUGGCAGUUAAUAAAGCUGGACCUAGUGAACCCAGCGAUAUUUCAAAACCAGUUGUUGCCAAGCCGCGUUUCCUUAAACCACAUAUUGAUCGUACGACUUUACAAAAGAAAGUACUGCGCAGCGGCCAACUGUUUCACAUGGAAGCAGCUGUAAAAGCCGAACCACCCGCUAAAGUGACCUGGACAUAUAAUGGCCAAGUGCUGAAAUCAAAUGAACGCAUUAAAAUUGAAAAUGAAGAUUAUAAAACUACAUUUAUUAUGCCAAAAGUUAAGCGUGCAGACAAAGGUAUAUAUAUUGUGACAGCUAAAAAUGAUUCCGGCACUGAUACUGUUAAGGUGGAACUGGAAGUACUAUGCAAGCCGGGUAAACCCAAAGGCCCGCUUGCUGUUUCUGAUGUAACAGCCGAAUCAGUUCAUUUGAAAUGGGACAAACCCGAAGAUGAUGGAGGAGAACCAAUAGAGCACUAUGUUGUUGAACGCAUGGAUACUGAAACAGGGCGCUGGGUACCAGUAUGCACAACUAAGUUACCAGAAGCCGAGGUUACAGGAUUGGUCGAAGGUAAACAAUACAUGUUCCGAGUUAAAGCAGUUAAUACAGAAGGUGAUUCAGAACCUUUGGGUACCGAAACAUCAAUCACGGCUAAAAAUCCAUACGAUGCUGCUGAUGCUCCAGGGAAACCACGAGUAUCUGAUUGGUCGGCUAGCCAUGCUGAUUUAUCUUGGCGUCCCCCACAAAAUAACGGCGGGGCACCGAUUAUCGGAUACAUUAUAGAAAAAAAAGAUAAUAACACUGGAAAAUGGCAGAAAGUUUUAGAAACUAGUACACCUGAUUGUAAAGCACGAGUUAAUGAUUUAAUCGAAGGUACGAAAUACCAGUUCCGAGUGAAGGCUGUAAACAAAGCCGGACAUAGUAAGCCUUCUGAAUCUUCAGAUCAGUUGACGGCAAAGGAUCGCUUUGCGCCGCCUAAAAUAGAUAGAACAAAUAUAAAAGAUAUAAUAAUCAAAGCUGGACAGCAUGUGCGUCUUGAUAUCAAAGUGUCAGGAGAGCCUCCAGCAACUAAAACUUGGUUCCAUAAUAAAGCUCGCAUGGAAGAUCAAACCGGUGAUAUAAAUAUCGAUUUGGAGCAUUAUCGUACCAAGUUUUCUAUACCUAUUGCAAAGCGUAAAAAUACUGGAAAAUAUACAAUCAAAGCCGAAAACGAUUCAGGUCAUGAUGAGGCUACGUUUGAAAUCAUAGUUUUGGAUAAACCUGAUAAACCAGAGGGACCCUUGAGGGUUCAAGAUGUACACAAAGAAGGUUGUCAAUUGAAAUGGAAUCCACCAUUAGAUAACGGUGGUCUACCAAUAGAGUACUAUGUGGUUGAGAAAAUGGAUUUGGAAAGCGGGCGUUGGUUACCAGCUGUACGCGUUAAAGAACCUUUCGCCGAGCUCAGUAAUUUAGAAGCGGGACAUGAAUAUAAAUUCCGUGUAGUGGCAGUAAAUACAGAGGGAGAGUCAGAACCCUUAGUUAGUGAACAUUCAGUUAUAGCAAAGAACCCAUUCGAUGAACCUGGUAAACCAGGAACACCUGAAGCUGUUGAUUGGGAUAAGGAUUGUGUAGAUUUGGUGUGGAGGCCACCAUUAAAUGAUGGUGGGGCUCCAAUUACAGGUUAUAUUAUUGAAAAACGUGAGAAAGGAACUGAUCGCUGGAUUAAAGCAGCAGAAAUACCAGCUGGACCAGGAAUUGACGAGUGUAGAGGUACUGUGCCAAAUCUUGAUGAAAAUUGUGAAUAUGAAUUCCGCGUAAGAGCCAUAAACAAAGCAGGCGCUGGAGAGCCUUCUGAUGCAAGCAAGUCUGUAAUUACAAAACCAAGGAAAUUGGCUCCAAAAAUUGACCGUCGCCACAUUCAUACCUAUAAUGUGAAAGCCGGAGAACGAAUAUACUUAGACAUACAGGUAACGGGCGAACCAGCACCCGAUGUUACGUGGUCCCAAUCCGGCAAAUCUAUAAUAUCCACAUCCAGUAGACGCACUGAAAACAUACCUAAUAGUACAAAAUAUUUUAAUGAGUCUCCUGAACGCAAGGAUACUGGUCUAUACAAAAUUGUCGCAACAAAUAAAUAUGGUCAAGAUGAAGUUGAAUUCCAGGUCAAUAUAAUAGCUAAGCCUGGUCAACCUGAAGGCCCGCUCAAUGUUUCAAAUAUACAUAAGGAGGGUUGCAAGCUUAAAUGGAAUAAGCCUAAAGAUGAUGGUGGUGAACCUAUUGAAGGAUAUUUGGUGGAGAAGUUUGAUCCUGAUACUGGCAUUUGGUUGCUGGUAGGUAAAGCUGAAGGACCUGAAUUUGAAGUUGAUGGUUUGAUUCCUGGCCAUGAGUAUAAAUUCCGAGUUAAAGCUUUGAACAAAGAAGGAGAGUCGGAACCAUUAGAAACAUUUGGAUCCAUCAUUGCGAAGGAUCCUUUUGUAACACCGUCACAGCCAGGUGCACCGGAGCCAAAAGAUUGGACAGCAAACAAGGUUGAACUAGUUUGGCAAGAACCAGCUUCUAAUGGUGGUUCUCCAAUAACCGGAUACAUAGUCGAAAUGAAAGAUAAAUAUAGUCCAAUAUGGGAAAAAGCUUUAGAAACAAGUGAUCAUAAACCCACAGCCAUGAUUCAUGGCUUAGUUGAAGGCAAUGAGUACCAAUUUAGAGUUGUGGCCGUAAAUAAAGCAGGCUCUUCGGAAGCAUCUGACUCUAGUAAAACGUUUAUUGCUAAACCUCGUUUUCUUCCUCCGAAAAUUGAUCGACGAAAUUUACGUGACGUUACUAUUUCUGCUGGCGCUCCACUGAAAUUCGACGCUGUUAUUACAGGUGAACCAGCACCUAAAGUUGAAUGGCGCUUUAACAACUGCCCUUUGCAAUCCGGUAACACCGUUACAAUUGAGAGUCCGGAUUAUUAUACAAAAAUUGUGGUUAGGCCAACAACCCGUGGAGAUUCUGGUGAAUACGUUGUGAAAGCUACCAACAGCUCCGGUAAAGAUAGUGUUCUAAUAAAUGUCGUUAUAACAGACAAACCUAGUCCACCAAAGGGUCCAUUGCAAAUUUCUGAAGUUCACAAAGAAGGUUGCCAUCUCAAAUGGAAGCGUCCUGGUGAUGAUGGUGGCACACCCAUUGAAUAUUUCCAAGUUGAUAAGCUUGAUCCAAAAACUGGUUGUUGGAUACCGGUGUGCCGUUCUAAUGAGCCGCAAGCGGAUGUUACUGGACUGGAAACAGGCGGCGAAUACAAAUUUCGUAUUUUGGCUGUAAAUGCUGAAGGAGAAUCAGCCCCAUUAAUAAGCGAUGAGUCCAUAAUAGCCAAAAAUCCUUUCGACCAACCUGGAAAGCCACAAGAUCUUCGCGCUACUGACUGGGAUAAGGAUCAUGUUGAUUUAGCUUGGACUCCACCAUUAGUUGAUGGAGGUUCUCCAAUUACAGGAUAUAUUAUUGAAAAGAAGGAUAAAUAUGGGCAAUGGGAGAAAGCAGUUGAGGUUCCGCCGGAUCAUUGCAAAGCGUUUGUACCUGACCUAAUUGAGGGACAAUCGUAUGAGUUCCGUGUAUCUGCUGUAAGCGCUGGGGGCAUUGGUGAACCAUCUGAUGCUACUGUACGAGUUAUAGCAAAACCCCGUAACAAGGCACCAUUAAUUGAUCGUACAAAUCUAAAUGAAGUACGCAUAAAAGCUGGUCAAACGUUCACAUUUGAUGUGAAAGUAUCAGGCGAGCCUGCUCCACAAACCAAGUGGUGGCAUAAAAAACGUGAAGUAACUUCAAAGGACAAUAUCAAAGUGACACACACUGAAUACAGUAGCAAAUUAAAAGUUUCCAAUGCAACUCGUGCAGAGUCUGGUAUUUUCACAAUACAUGCAGAAAACCCUUCUGGGGAAGAUUCUGCAGAAGUUAAGGUUAUCGUAAUCGAUAAGCCAUCUCCACCGAACGGCCCACUGAAAGUCAACAAUGUUCAUGCUAAAGGUUGUACACUUAAAUGGAAUCCGCCGGAUGAUGAUGGCGGUCAACCAAUUGAUUCUUACGUUAUUGAAAAGCUUGACGAAAACACAGGUCGUUGGACACCUGCUGGUGAAACCGAUGGACCAAAAACUCAAUUUGAUGUAUUAGGUUUGACAUCUGGACAUAAAUAUAAGUUCCGGGUCCGUGCCAAAAAUCGACAGGGAAUUUCAGAACCUCUUACUACACCCCACUCUAUAGAGGCAAAGAACCCUUACGAUGAACCAUCUAAACCAGGUACACCUAUCAUUAAAGACUAUGAUAAAGACUUUGUUGAUUUGGAAUGGUCAAGGCCGGAAAGUGAUGGUGGCACACCAAUAUCAGGAUAUGUUAUUGAGAAACGCGAUAAGUAUUCGCCCAAUUGGGAAGAAGUCGCAAUUAUAUCAGAUGACGUUUGCAUUGGGCAUGUGCCCAAUCUGACUGAAGGUGUUAAAUAUGAAUUCCGCAUACUUGCAGUUAAUAAGGCAGGCAAAAGUGAACCUAGUGAUUCAACAGCACCACAUCUAGCACGAAGCAAGAAUGUCCCUCCUAAUAUUGACCGUAAUCACAUGUUUGACAUUAAAGUACGUGCCGGACAAGCAUUUGAAUUUGAUGUACCAGUAACAGGAGAGCCUGUUCCUAGUAAAGAAUGGUCCCACGAAGGAAACGUGGUUGUCAAUAGUGAUCGUGUAAAAAUUAUAAAUGAAGAAUAUCGAACAAAGAUUAAAGUAGUUGACUCGAAGCGUGUCGAUACUGGCACUUAUACACUAACUGCUCGCAAUAUCAAUGGUACCGAUCGAGCAACAGUUAAAGUAACAGUAUUGGACGUACCUUCACCACCCGAGGGACCAUUGCGUCCACAAGAUAUAACCAAAAAUUCGAUUACGUUAAGCUGGCGACCACCUAAAGAUGACGGUGGCUCUGAAAUUAGUCAUUACGUUAUAGAAAAAAUGGAUGCUGCAACAUUGCGUUGGAUACCAGUAGGUGAAACUGCGGACAAUCAAGUCCGCGCAGAUAAUUUAAUUGAGGACCAUGACUAUAACUUCCGCGUGCGCGCUGUAAAUAAGCAAGGUGAGUCUUCGCCGCUGGGAACUACACAGUCUAUUACAGCUAAAGAUCCAUUUUCACGGCCUGAUAAACCGGGACAACCACAACCGUCGGAUUGGGGUAAAGAUUUUGUUGAGCUUAAAUGGUCUGCUCCAAAACGUGAUGGCGGGUCUCCGAUUACGGGGUACAUUGUUGAAAAACGGCCAAAAUUUGGACAAUGGGAAAAGGCAGUUAAUUUACCAUCCAGUGAAACUAAAACUUUGAUACCUGACCUGUCCGAAAAAGGUGAAUACGAAUUUCGUGUAAUUGCUAUAAAUAAAGCAGGUCGUAGCGACCCAUCCGAUCCAUCAACAUUAGUAACAUGCAAACCUCGUUUUUUCGCACCAUACUUCGACAAAACGCUUUUGGAAGAUAUAACUGUUCAUACAGGUAAAUGCCUGGGUUGGACACUGCCCAUUGAAGCUUCUCCAAAGCCAACUGUAAAAUGGUCAUUUAAUGGUGUUCAAAUUCAGCCAAAACCAGGCCUCGAUAUGAGUCUAUUCCAAAAUGAAUUGACAUUUCAAAUUUCUUCUGCUCUGAGGACAGAUGAAGGUGUUUACACUUUAUCUUUAAAAAAUGAGCACGGAAUAUUUGAAGCAUCCGCUCAUGCAACUGUUUUAGACCGUCCCAGUCCGCCGAUUGGUCCACUGCAUGCAACUAACAUAACCAAAGAAGGUUGCCACAUGUCAUGGGGUGUACCGAAAGAUGAUGGCGGAUCACCCAUUUUACAUUAUGUUAUUGAAAAAAUGGACCUUUCGCGUGGUACAUGGUCAGAUGCAGGUAUGAGUACACAUCCAGUACAUGAAGUAACACGCUUAACACAUCGCAAGGAAUAUAUAUUCCGCGUUAAAGCAGUUAAUGCCAUUGGCGAAUCAGAUUCUUUGGAAAUUCCUCAGAGUAUUAUAGCUAAAAACGAAUUCGAUGAACCGGAUGCUCCUGGACGUCCACUGGUCACAGAUUGGGAUCGCAAUCACGUUGACCUGCUAUGGACACCACCGCAGUCAGACGGAGGUGCACCGCUAACAGAGUAUAUAAUUCAAAAGAAAGAAAAAGGAAGCCCUUACUGGGUAAACACGCAGCAUGUGCGACCAGACAAGACAUCUGCUACUGUACUUGGUUUGACAGAAAGGCAGGAAUAUGAAUUCCGCGUUAUAGCAGUUAAUAAAGCAGGACAGUCAGAACCCUCAGAAUCAUCAGACCUUGUUACAGCAAAAGCUCGUUAUCUCGCACCCAAAAUCAUAACCCCACUUCAAGAUAUUAGAAUAAAAGCUGGUCUUAUACUUCACAUUGAUAUCGAUUUUGUUGGAGAACCUAUACCAGAAGUUAUUUGGAAUCAAAACAAUAUUUCCUUAAUGUCCAAUGAGCGCUCAACCAUUACCUCCGUCGGUCAUCACACUGUUGUACAUAUUGUAAAUUGUCAACGUAACAAUUCAGGUACAUACCAUUUACUUAUUCGUAAUGACUCGGGAAUCGAUGAAGGAAGCUUUCAGUUAGUGGUUUUGGAUCGACCAGGACCACCAAUAGGUCCCAUGGAAUAUGAAGAGGUUACAGCUAAUUCAGUAACUAUAUCAUGGAAACCACCAAUUGAUAAUGGAGGUUCAGAAAUUUCGUCAUAUGUCAUUGAAAAACGUGAUCUAACUCAUGGUGGGGGUUGGGUGCCUGCUUUGAAUUAUGUCAAUGCGAAAUAUAAUCAUGCUGUUGUACCUCGUCUACUAGAGGGCACCAAAUAUGAGUUUCGCGUCUUGGCUGAAAACUUACAAGGGCGUUCCAAUCCUCUAAAUAGUGAUGGACCGGUAAUAGCCAAAAAUCAAUAUACAGUCCCUGGUAUACCAAGUAAGCCAGAACUUACCGACAGUGAAAAAACUCAUAUCACAUUCAAGUGGAAGCCACCAAUUAGUAAUGGUGGUUCAGCUAUUUUGGGUUAUGAUAUUGAACGUUGCGAUUUGACAACUGGUCGUUGGGUUCGUAUUAAUGUUGAGCCAAUACCUAAUACGGAAUAUACUGACGAACGGGUAAGUCCUGAUCACAAAUAUCAAUAUCGUGUAUCGGCUGUAAAUGCAGCAGGCAGUGGAAAGCCAUCGGAACCCUCAAUUACAUUCAGCGCACGUCCUAUGCGUGAAAAACCAAGAUUACAUCUCGCUGAUCUUGUUGGCCGAAAGAUUAAAAUCCGAGCUGGGGAACCGGUUAACCUUAAUAUACCCAUAUCAGGAGCACCUACGCCAACAAUUGAAUGGAAACGAGGUAACCUUACGGUGCAGGAAACGAACAAAAUUUCUUAUAAUACUAACUCGGAACGCACUAUAUUUCGUAUUGAUGAUUCUACCAGGCAGGAUUCUGGUAUGUAUACAGUGACUGCUGAAAAUGAAUUCGGAAAGGAUUCCGCAAACAUUGAACUCAUAGUCGUUGACAAACCAAGUCCACCAAAAGGACCACUAAAUUACACGGAAAUUGCCCCAGAUCACAUUAGUUUAGAAUGGAAUCCACCAGAAGAUAAUGGCGGUAGUGAAAUCACUGGGUAUACUAUUGAAUUCAGUGAAUUUGGCGUAGACAAUUGGCGUCCAGUGCCUGGUUAUUGUUCAAAGACCACUUAUACGGUUAAAAAUUUGAUUGAAGGUAAAAAGUAUGUUUUCCGAGUCAUGGCUGAAAAUAUUUAUGGAAUUUCUGAGCCAUUAGAUGGCAAGCCUGUUUUAGCAAAAUCUCCGUUUGAUCCGCCAGAAGCACCCAAGAAUCUGCGCGUUGUAGCCUAUACUCCAAGUUCGGCAAGUUUGGAUUGGCAGCCACCGGAUUCUUGUGGCGGUAAGCCAAUUACUGGAUAUAUUGUAGAAAGAAGAGAACGGGGAGGCGAAUGGAUUAAAUGUAAUAAUUACCCCACACCAAAUACUAGUUAUACUGUACAAGACUUACGGGAAGGUAAUCGUUAUGAGUUCCGAGUCAGAGCUGUAAAUGCAGCAGGUCCUGGAAAACCGUCGAAACCAACUGAACCAAUGACUGCCAAACUACAACGUUAUAAACCCGACGCCCCUGAGCCACCAAAAGCAGAUCGCAUCACUAAAGAUGGUGUCACACUUUCAUGGAGGCCACCACGAUUCGAUGGUAAAUCGAAAAUCAAAGGCUACUACCUACAAGUACGACCCAAGGAUUCAAAGGACUGGUUGCCGGUCAAUGAUCUUCCAAUCAGUGAAACAGUUUAUCAUGUAUCUAGUUUAAAGGAAGGCGACUCAUACUCAUUUCGUGUAUUUGCUGAAAAUGAUGUCGGACGUUCGGACCCAUCCAAGCCAUCCCAGCUAAUUGCUAUUGAAGAGCAACCAAAUAAACCACGUAUGGAUCUUGGACGAGUACGAGACGUUGUUUGUCGAGCUGGAGACGAUUUCUGUAUUCACGUUCCGUACAUUGGCUUCCCUAUGCCCACCGCACAUUGGUAUUCAAACGACAUACUUAUAGAAGAUGAUGGUCGCCGAAUAUUCCACCAUUUGACCGACGAUGCUGCAUCGUUCGUUGUUAAAAACUCCAAACGGGCUGAUUCAGGACAAUAUAGAUUGCAAUUAAAAAAUCCUACAGGUUUCGACACGGCUACAAUUAAUGUAAAAGUAUUAGAUCGGCCACAACCUCCAACAAAUCUAUGUGCAGAUGAGUUUGCAGGCGAUGCGUUAACACUCUAUUGGACGCCACCUAAAGAUGAUGGUGGCUCUCCCAUCACCAAUUAUAUCAUUGAAAGAAAAGAAAAAUCGUCAAAUACAUGGACGAAAGUAAAUAGUUACUGCACUGUAUCAUUUUUACGUAUACGCAAUUUGAAUAUAGGUAAAGACUAUGACUUCCGCGCUUACGCCGAAAAUAAAUAUGGCAUAUCCGAACCGGCUACAACCUCAGUACCCAUUCGAGCUCGUCAUCCAUUCGAUGUGCCGAAUGCACCUGGCAUACCCCGAGGCAUUGACUCAAGUGAAGAUAGUAUCACAAUAACUUGGGCUAAACCGAGACACGAUGGCGGUUCGCCUAUUACUGGCUAUAUUAUUGAGAAACGUUUAAUAAGCGAUGAAAAAUGGACUAAAGCAAUACACGCACAUUGCCCAGAUUUAACUUGCAGAAUACCAAAUCUGAUUGAGAAUGGAGAGUAUGAAUUCCGCAUUUCUGCUGUUAAUGCAGCUGGACAAUCGCCAUACAGCGCUUCUAGUGACACUAUCUAUUGUCGUCGGCCACCACUUGCACCGAAGAUAACGUCAGAUUUGUCGAUUAGAGAUAUGACAGUUAUCGCUGGUGAAGAAUUCUGCAUUACUGUACCAUACACCGCGAAUCCACGUGCUACACCUACAUGGACAAUAAAUGGCCAAGAAGUCAUCCAAGAUGAGCGAAUACGUUUUACUACAUCUGAUUACAGUUCCAUUUAUUAUAACAAAUCUGCAAAACGUUUGGAGACUGGUUCAUAUUAUAUUACCCUGACUAAUAAUAACGGUUCUGAUACAGCAUCUUGCCAUGUCACAGUGGUUGAUAGACCUAGUCCACCACAAGGUCCGUUAUCUGUUUUUGAUAUAACGCCAGACACUUGUACAUUGGCCUGGAAGACACCAUCAGACGAUGGUGGAUCGCCUAUAACCAAUUACGUUGUCGAAAAGGUGGAUAAUAAUGGAACGUGGACAAAGGUUAGUAGUUUUAUUCGUAAUACUCAUUACGAUGUUAUGGGUUUGGAACCAAAUCGUAAAUACCAUUUCCGUGUACGUGCUGAAAAUCAAUAUGGACUUUCUGAUCCUCUGGAAUUAGACGAUCCAGUGGUGGCAAAAUAUCAAUUCACAGUGCCAGAUGCACCAGGUCAGCCGAAAGUAAUUGAUUGGGACUCUGGCAAUGUUACACUUAUAUGGGCUCGUCCAUCUAGUGACGGUGGGUCACGUAUCCAGGGUUAUCAAAUUGAAUACCGGGAUAUUGUCAAUGAUUCGUCAUGGAAUACUUAUGAAUAUUUAAUUAAAGAUACAAAGUAUCAACUUUAUAAUCUCACAAAUGGUUGCGAAUAUGAAUUCCGUAUAAAAGCUAAGAAUGCCGCCGGUUUUAGUAAGCCAUCACCACCCUCUACCAAAUUUAAAUUAAAGGGUAGAUUUACGGUGCCCUCUCCUCCAGGUACACCUCAGGUUACGAAGGUUGGUAAAAACUAUGUUGAUCUCAAAUGGGAAAGACCAACUAGCGACGGUGGUUCGCGUAUUACAGGAUAUAUUAUUGAACGUCGCGAUAUUGGCGGCGCAGUUUGGGUGAAAUGCAACGACUACAACGUUAUGGACACUGAAUAUACAGUGCUUAAUUUAAUUGAAAUGGGUGAUUAUGAAUUCCGUAUUUUCGCAGUAAAUGCGGCUGGUCGGUCCGAACCGAGCACCUGUACUAUGCCCAUUAAGGUAUGCGAAGUGAUUGGUGGUGUAAAACCAGAAUGGGUUACUCGUUUGCAAGAUCGUAUUGCGCCAUGUGGUAAAGAUUUCACAAUGGAAUGCGAGGCCUCAGGAAAGCCUCUACCAAAUGCCAGAUGGUUACGAAAUGGUAAAGAAAUUAAAAUGGGAGGGGCGCGAAUUGUAUCUGAAAGUAAAGAUGGUAUAUUCCGUUUACACAUUUCUAAUGUACAAUCCGGCGAUGAUGGUGACUACACCUGCGAAGCAUUUAAUUCUCUUGGUUUUGUACAUACAACUGGACAUUUAAAGAUUGGUUCUCCCCCAAUUAUUACACGUUGUCCAAACGAACUGCUGCUCACUGAAGGUGAUAAUACGAAAAUCAAGAUUUUUUAUAAUGGUGAUCAGCCAAUGAAUAUCAGUCUAAAUAGAAACAACGAGGCAAUUUUGGAAAAAGAUGAACCACAUAUUAAAUGCACUGUAUUCGAUGAUUAUGUUACAAUCUUUGUUCGUGAUAUUGCAAAAACUGAUGCUGGACUUUAUCAAAUUCAAUUUGAAAAUGAAUCAGGAACUGCCACAGGUCAAUUCGAUGUACGUAUUACUGGAUUACCUUCUGCUCCCGUCGGUCCCAUGGGUGUGUCUCAUAUCAAUAAACAUUCUUGCACGUUAUCAUGGCGUCCUCCAUCCCACAAUGGAGGCCUACGUAUAACACACUAUGUAGUUGAACGUAAGGAUGUGACUUCACCACACUGGAUUACUGUAUCCAGUUUUUGCAAAGACUUAUCCUUUAAUGUUCAGGGACUAAUUGAAAAUCAAGACUACAUCUUCCGUGUCAUGGCAGUUAAUGAUAAUGGUUUGGGACCGCCAUUAGAGGGUUUGAAUCCUGUUCGAGCAAAAGCGCCCAUUGACCCACCAUCGCCACCAGGAAAGCCAACCAUAACAGAAGUUGGUGGCGAUUUUGUGCAUUUAGAAUGGACGAAGCCGGAGACCGAUGGUGGUGCUCAUGUACAAGGCUAUUGGGUUGAUAAGCGCGAAGUUGGUAGCAGCACAUGGCAACGCGUCAACGUUACCAUUUGCCUUACCAAUCAAAUAAACUGCUCAAAUCUAAUUGAAGGCCGUCAAUAUGAAUUCCGAGUUUUCGCACAAAAUGAAGCUGGAUUGUCGAAGGAAUCCUCUAAUUCUUCUGCAAUUAAAGUAAUAGAUCCACAGGCAGCUACUCCACCAAUUAUUGUUAAGCCACUCGGCGAUGCUACGUGCAUACAAAAUCACAAUGCUCAAUUUACGUGCAUCAUUACUGGUCUACCACGCCCAGUUAUAACAUGGUACAAGGGAGCACGGGAAAUUACUAAUGGUGCACGCUAUCAUAUGUAUGCAGAAGGCGACAACUAUUUCCUCUGUAUCACAGAUGUCUUUGGUGAGGAUGCAGACGAAUAUGUUUGUCGUGCUGUCAACAAGGCUGGGGCUAAAUCAACGCGCGCUGCAUUGGCUAUUAUGACUGCUCCAAAACUAAAUGUUCCACCUCGGUUCAGAGAUACCGCAUAUUUCGACAAGGGUGAAAAUGUGAUUAUAAAAAUACCAUUUACCGGUUAUAGAAAGCCAAAAAUUACUUGGAUACGUGAAGGUGAAACAAUUGAAUCGGGUGGACAUUAUACUGUGGAAACAAAGGAACGUCAUGCAGUAUUGAUUAUACGAGACGGGUCAAAAUUCGACUCUGGUCCGUAUGUCAUAACUGCAGAGAAUGAUCUUGGUUCCGAUACAGCCACAAUUAGAAUCCAAAUAAGUGAUCGCCCAGAUCCUCCUCGGUUCCCAUUAGUUGAAAACAUCAGCACCGAAUCGCUGUCCCUGAGCUGGAAGGCUCCAGUUUGGGAUGGCGGUAGCCAAAUAACUAGUUACCUAGUAGAGAAACGAGAACACCCAAUGUCAUCAUGGAUUCGUGUGGGAAAUACCCGCCUUACUUCAAUGGCUAUAAAUGGAUUAACACCAGGAAAGGAAUAUGAAUUUCGUAUUUACGCUGACAAUGUUUAUGGUCGCUCAGAUCCAUCUGAAAUCAGCACUUUAAUUAAAACAAGAGAUGUUAUCAAAAAGAAGCUAGCCGAAAAACGAUGGGAGAUUGAUGAGCAUGGCAAAAAAGUUCGAGGCAAAGCGGACGGACCAAUUAAAGAUUACGACUUAUAUGUUUUUGACAUAUAUUCGAAAUUUGUACCACAGCCGGUAGAAAUUUCACAUGACAGCGUGUAUGAUAAAUAUGAUAUAUUAGAAGAAAUUGGCGCUGGUGCAUUUGGAGUCGUACAUAGAUGUCGCGAACGUAGCACAGGUAACAUAUUUGCUGCAAAGUUCAUUCCUGUAUCACAUGCAGUUGAAAAAGAUUUAAUAAGACGGGAAAUUGAUGUUAUGAAUCAAUUGCAUCAUCAGAAAUUAAUCAACUUACACGAUGCAUUUGAAGAUGAGGAUGAGAUGGUGCUUAUUUUAGAAUUUUUAUCUGGAGGUGAAUUAUUCGAGCGUAUAACAACUGAGGGUUACCGUAUGACUGAAGCGGAAGUUAUAAACUACAUGCGUCAGAUUUGCGAAGGAAUACGGCAUAUGCACGAAAAGAAUAUUAUUCAUUUAGACAUUAAACCAGAGAAUAUCAUGUGUCAUACCCGCUCUAGUACUAAUGUAAAACUGAUUGACUUCGGUUUGGCUACUCGUUUGGAUCCAAAUGAAGUUGUCAAAAUAACCACUGGCACAGCUGAGUUUGCCGCACCAGAAAUUGUUAAUCGCGAGCCAGUAGGUUUCUAUACAGAUAUGUGGGCCACUGGAGUACUUGCCUAUGUUCUGUUAAGUGGAUUGUCACCAUUUGCUGGCGAUAAUGAUAUCCAAACUUUAAAGAAUGUUAAAGCCUGUGACUGGGACUUUAAUGCAGAUGCUUUUCGCCUCAUAUCUGAUGAAGCUAAGGACUUUAUCAGGAAACUCCUUCUUGCAAAUAAGGAAAAACGUAUGACUGCACAUGAGUGCCUAUUGCAUCCAUGGCUUAGCGGCGAACAUGGUGAUCGUUCUGAGCAAAUAUCUCGGGAUCGCUACCUUGCAUUCCGUGAUAAACUUCGGAAAAAAUAUGAAGAUUUCAAUAAAUAUUUACUGCCAAUGGGACGUUUAUCUGAAUAUUCUUCACUGCGUAAAUUACUUAUGGAAAAAUAUAAAAUGCACGAAACUUCCUUUGAUCGUCGACAAGCAGCACCAAGAUUCGUCAUCCGACCAUCAUCACAAUUUUGCUAUGAAGGUCAAAGUGUUAAAUUCUAUUGCCGUUGUAUAGCUGGUGCUACUCCAACUUUAAUAUGGUCUCACAAUAAUGUUGAACUCCGGCAAAGUGUUAAAUUUAUGAAACGUUAUGCCGGUGAUGAUUACUACUUUAUUAUUAAUCGUGUCAGAUUGGAUGACAGAGGCGAAUAUAUUAUUCGUGCAGAAAAUCAUUAUGGCUCGCGCGAGGAAGUCGUAUUUUUGAAUGUACAUCCAUUGCCGAAAGAACCACCACGUUAUCGCAGCGAAUCAACGCCAAUGCGUCGACGUGAUCCUUUACCAUAUACUUUCUGGCAAGAAGAAUCAGAAUCGGCACCCAGCUUUACAUUCCUCUUACGUCCGCGUGUUAUGCAAGCACGUGAUACAUGUAAACUAUUAUGUUGUCUCAGCGGCAAGCCUGUACCAACUGUUAAAUGGUAUAAGGAUGGACGGGAGCUAAGCAAAUAUGAAUACUCAAUGUCGGCUUCAGAUGGUGUUGUAACAAUGGAAAUAAUUGAUUGCAAACCUUCAGAUUCUGGCAAAUAUACUUGCAAGGCAACCAACUGUCAUGGUACCGAUGAAACCGAAUGUGUAGUAAUAGUUGAGGGAGAAUGGGUAACACCUGAGCAGGCAGAACUUGCUCACAAUUUACUACAUUCUGGAGAUCGGAAGUAUAUAGAACACCCACUGAAGCCAGCUCCGUCACCCAUCAACACGAUCCGUAAAUUCACAUCCAGCUCCUCCUUGAAUCAAUACAACGGCUCUUCUUCUGCUGUACAACAGAGUACAAAUUACUCUUCCACCAGCCAGGUCAACAUUCACAAUUCAAGCUCCAUCAACUCUACCAGUACCAGCAAUAAAAAGAAAUAUAACAGCAAUAGUUUAAAUACGUUAGGAAGUCCAUCUAGAUCUCGCAGCGCUACCAAAGAGCUAAUUUUGCCUCCUGAUGAUGCACUUAUGUGUAAGCCCGUGUUCACGAAGUUGCUACAAGAUCUUUCUAUAAAUGACGGUGAUAAGUUGUUUUUAGCUUGUCAUGUUAAAGGAGACCCUGAGCCACAGAUAACUUGGGCUAAAAACGGCAAGCUUAUUUCAUCAUCAGAUAUUAUGGACUUAAAAUACAAAAAUGGGGUAGCAACGCUUACUAUACAUGAAAUUUUCCCAGAAGAUGAAGGCAUAUUUACAUGCACUGCUACGAAUUCUAUUAGCGCUGUUGAAACUAAAUGCAAGUUAACUGUUAAACCUUUAGAUAAAAAUGCCAGUAAACGACAGAUAAGCAGUUCCAAACCACCAAAAAUUGUUAGCCACCUGGAGUCACGUUUUGUGAAAGAUGGUGAGAUGGUAACACUAGCAUGCCGUAUUAUAGGCGCUGAACAUUUCGACGUAGUUUGGCUGCACAACAACAAGGAGAUCAAACCAAGCAAAGACUUCCAAUACACCAACGAGGCUAAUAUUUAUAAGUUACAAAUAGCUGAAAUAUUUCCAGAAGAUGGCGGGACGUACACAUGUGAGGCAUUCAACGAUGUUGGCGAAUCGUUUAGCACUUGCACUAUAAACGUACUCGUACCUGGCGAAGAACCCAAGCAACCCAUAUUUGUAAAGUUUCCAAGUUCAGUAACAGUUCCGGUAGGUGAAAGAUGUGAUUUCGUUUGUGAAACCCAGGUUGAGCCAUUACAGAUAACAUGGCUCAAGGAUGGCAAGCCAAUAAAUGAAAACAGCACAAAGUAUAGCUUCAUCAAAGACGGUAAUCGUUAUAAAUUUGUUCUUGAAAAUUGUUCCAUGGAUGACGUGGGUCAAUAUCAAGCAAAAGCAAUUGGUAAAAAGAGUGAGACUUUCAGUGCUUUCUCUAUUAAUGUCGACUGAAUAAAAAUCAAUAAAAAUGUAACUAAUUACCUAGUUUUAGAAAGAAACGAAAACUAAAAAUAUAAACCGAAAUGUUAGUUCAAAUAAGUAUAUUUAUCAUAUAAAUCACUCUCUUUUUCCAUCGCAACCACGUAACAAUGUCUGAUAAAUAUCGACUUACUUCUGGUAUUUUAAAAAACUUCCAAUACCUACUUAUGUCUAAGAUGCACAUCUGUAGUACAUACGUAUACUUUUACGUAAAUACAUAAGUAUGUAUAUCACGGCGAUAAUGGAACUAACAUUGCUCCGAACAAGCAAAUUAUUAUGUAUUUAUAUUUACAAACAUAUAUAAAUAGCACAAUAAUAAUUUAACGAUGCUAAAAGAUGUAUACACUGCCCUAUUCGAAAAUUAAUUUAUUAUGUAUUUGGCAUCCUCGAACGAAAAAAAUACUUUAACAACUGUGAGAAUAAAAUCUAACUGCGUAAUAAUUAUAUUAAUUGGCAUAUCAGGUUACCUACAUAAGAUCUAAUAUAAACAUUAUAUAUGUACUUGUAUAUAUAAUUAUACACUGUCAUAUACGUGUACUAUAUAUUUACAUACAUACAUAUAUGCGCAUUAUCUUGCAACCUAUAUACAUAUAUAGAUAUGUAUUUGCUUACUCUUACAACUUUUCCAAGACAGUGAUUAACUUAGUUAAACUCUAGAAUGUUUUUAUGAAAAUCAGGUUGUAUGCUGAAUUGCUUUACAUGCUUAAUAUAUUUAGUUUUUAAAUCUAUAUAUUUUGUUUGACUUACGCUUUAGGUAUGCUCUUAAAAAUUUAAGCUAAUUAAAAUAAAUGGGGAAACAACACAAAA